GCCGGCGGCGGGCAGCGCUGCCCUGAGGGGAGCCGGGCAGGGGGGGCGGCGGCGAUGUCCGCCUGGCGGGGCUCCCGCUGCGGCUCCCUCUGCCUCGGCGGCCGGGCGGCCGCUCGCCGCUCCGCGCUGCUUCGGCAGCGGGCAGGGGCCGGGACAGGGACGGGGUCGUGCUCCGCUAACGGCGGAGGUCUCCGGGCUGGGGCUGGCGGGUUCCGCCCGUCGCGGGUGGCGGUGGUGGCCAAGACGACGCGGUACGAGUUCGAGCAGCAGCGGUACCGCUACGCCGGGCUCUCCGAGGACGACCUCCGGCAGCUGCUUGCCUUGAAGGGAUCUAAUUACGCUGGUCUAUUGGAGCGGCACCGCAUUCAUACAAAAAACGUGGAGCAUGUUGUAGACAGUUUACGGAACGAGAGGAUAGAAGUCCGUCUUGUUAAACGUCGAGAAUAUAAUGAAGAGACAGUUCGGUGGGCAGAUGCUGUUAUAUCAGCAGGAGGUGAUGGCACAAUGUUGUUGGCAGCCAGUAAGGUCUUUGAUAAAUUUAAACCAGUUAUUGGAGUAAAUACUGAUCCUGAAAGAUCGGAGGGUCACCUGUGUUUGCCUGUGAGAUACACACAGUCAUUUCCUGAAGCACUACAGAAGCUUUAUCGUGGUGAGUUCAGGUGGCAGUGGCGACAAAGAAUCCGACUGUAUCUUGAAGGAACUGGUAUUAACCCUGUGCCUGUAGAUUUACAUGAACAGCAGCUAAGCCAAGAGCAACACAGCAGAGCUCACAUAAAUGAAAGAUUCCAGGAUCAAAGAUCUGACAUUACUGGUCCACAUCUUUUACCUGUGAGAGCACUCAAUGAAGUCUUCAUUGGGGAAUCUCUUUCAUCCAGGGAGAACUUUAAGUCCUGCAAACCCAGUUUUAAAUUCUCGCUUCAUAGGGCCUCCUAUUAUGAAAUAUCAGUUGAUGAUGGUCCUUGGGAAAAACAGAAGAGUUCAGGGCUCAAUGUGUGCACUGGAACAGGAUCAAAAGCAUGGUCCUAUAAUAUUAACAAGGUAGCAAAUCAAGCUGUUGAAGAGAUCCUUAAUAUCGCUAAAAAGCAUGGAAGCUUGAAUAUGCCAUUGAACACAGAACUAAUACAGAAAGUAACAAAUGAUUACAAUGACUCCCUGCUGUAUAGUCCAGAAGAACCAAAGAUGUUUUUCAGUAUUCGAGAACCUAUUGUAAACCGAGUUUUCUCAAGCAGUCGGCAGCGUGGCUUCUCUUCAAAAGUCUGCGUCCGUUCCCGUUGUUGGGAUGCGUGUAUGGUUGUAGAUGGAGGAACAUCGUUUGAGUUCAAUGAUGGGGCGAUAGCUUCCAUAUUGAUCGACACGGAGGACGCACUGUGUACUGUUCUGCUAGAAGAAUGAAGGUCCCUAGUGUCUUCUGCUGAAGCAACUCUGGAUCCAGAGAGAACUCCUGGAGAUAGACAGCACAUCACAAUGCUGCAUUAAGUUGGAAGUUGGCUUUUUUUGGAUGCAAGAGCAUUUGGAGGAAGCUUGGGAUGCUUUUCAUUCCUUGGGUUGGGGAAAUCUUAGAAGCCUGACAUUUAAGCUCUUUUUGCAUCUGGUAUAAAAGAAAUGUAUCUGAGGUCUUACCUCUCUAACUUCAGUGAAAAUUGACAUUUUUUAACCUGUAAGGCAAACAUGAAAGAACAUCUUUUUAAAACAUAGGUAGGAUGGGUUCAAAUAUUGUUGGUAGCAUUAAAUAUUCAGAUGUACAGUUUUUUAAUUAAGUGUAGGAGAUUAAAAAACUAAACACCUUCACACAUCUACUUUUGUAGAAAAGCUGACUGUCAAAAUCCAGUGAUUUGAUGCAAGGAUAUAUAGAUUUUGGUAAUUCCCGAUGUUGGCAUUAGAAAUGGAAAUGCAAACCUUUUGUAUGCUUUUCAAAAAUUUUACAACUUUGUAGUUUCAUACAAUUCAUGACAAAUUUUUUGGCUCUUCCAGUAUUUUUUUCUACUUUGUAGAUUUACAUCAGAAGUAAGUGUCUGGUUUAAUUUCUAGAAGCUCUUUUCACAAAUUCAGUGAGGUAGCUCUUACCUUUGCUCUUACUUUUGGGUAGAGAGGGACUUGAAACCGAAGGCUUUUCUUCAGUCCUUUAAUAUGAAACCACAGAAAAUGUGUUGAAGUUAAGACAUACUCCUUCCCUGAAUGGACAAGCUGGCUGGCAGGUGUUCAGUCACAGCAGUGUUAUGUAGGUAGCUAUCAUUAAGAAAGAUGUGGGCCUGAAGUUAAAUGGUUUGGAAUUUUAGGUUCCGAGUUCCUUUAUAGCUACAGAAAAAUGAGAUGUGCUGGGUUCUAGUAGCUGGAGCACAAAUUAAUACCUACAUGUUUCCUAUUAACUUCCCCAGAAAAUUUAAUUUUCCAAUCCUAUGCUAAAUUUUACUGAUACUUAAUUGGCAACUUAAUUUUAUAUGCCUCUGAUUAUGUAUGUGAUACAAGCAACUGAUUGUAGAAGAGGAAGGGACUUUUUUAGAUACUGUUUUAGAGAAACUGUGAACUUUGCCUUUGGAAGUCUGUGCUGAUUAACGCGUAGAUGAGGGCAGAAUUUGACAAAAUGAAGAUUCCUACAGUGGGAACUCUUCUGGUACAUGACUUGAAACAAAUGUUUUCCUUCCUGUCUACUAGGAAAAAACUAUUUCCAAAAGUGAGUUUUCUUCAAACUAUUUUUGAAUGAAGGGGAUUCUGGAACAGAUGUUCUCAGGUUCAAUGGGAAUGUGGCCAAUCAAGUGUAUUUAUUGCCACUCGCAACAAGUAAACUUAGCUCUAUGAAUGUAGAAAGUGGAUAAAGGAUUUUUCCCUUACACUACUUCAGUUUUAGUAUUAACUCAGAAGCAGAAUUUAGAAGAAAUGGAUUUGACCAUGCCAUUCAGUUCUAGGAGAAAUCUGAUUCUGCUGAAACUUUUUAAAAAUAAGCUAUCACUGUUUUGUGCACAUUUCACCCUUCAAAUGUGUGUAGAUUGAGUUAUUUACAAUAUCUACGUGAGUUAUCAGGACUGCAGACCAGAAGGGGAAAAGCAAAGUAGCCAAAUAUUCUUUGAAAACUUGUCAAGUUCAGGAACUAUCAGAGUAAAACUCAUAAUGUCUAAAAUAGUCUGCAAAAUUUGUCCAAAUGUGAAGAUGCAAAAUACUCUUUAUAAUGUUGGCUGUACAGAGACCAAGGUGUUGUAGUUAUUCCCAAUCCCUCUGUAGCCAGUUGAGGAUGGCAUACGUGCGUCUUGUUUAGUAUGCUAGUCAAUUUGCUGUUAAGACUCAAAAAAUAAUGCCAGCAACAUUAAUUUAUGACUUCCUUGGACUUUACCAGUAACUGUUAGGUCAGAGAUUUAUUUGGUGUUAACUAUUUAGGUAUUCAGAGUGUCCCUGAAUACCUGCACAGACAAAUUUAUGGCAGAGAUCCUGCCCCUACUUAUUCAGACAUUUGUUCCGUAGUGUUUUAAAGGAGACUGAUUAGCCUGAGUUGGUUACGUUGCUCAUAAAAAUAACUGCCAUUCCUUAUUCUGAAUGCUAAUACUAAAAAGGCAAUGUUUUCAAGUCCUGCAGACCCGAAGUACAACCUGGUUCAGAGCUUAAAUUUCACAGUUAAGUUCCUAACUGUUACUUAGCAAAAUGGAAACCUGACCUACUCAACUCAUGAGUGGCCUCUACUGGUUUUGUCUGUAAUUAAUUGUGUAUCUGUUGAAGCAUUUACUGGUGAAUGCUUGAUUUAAAUAACUGGGAAGGGUCAGAGAUCUAUAAUAGAUAAUCAGUAAGCAGCUACCUUUUUUAAUUAAAGAACUGUAAAAUCCUUUAUUACGAAGGAAUGCAGUACAGACAACUUACCUGGUAGACAGUGUUCUGUGACAGGACUGAGUAUUGGUGUAACACUGAUUUAAUCUGCCUGGACUGGCACUGAACUCUGCACCUCAUCUACCCACUGAAUCAAAUCCACAGUGAUUUCAUAUAGUGCCAGUCCACAAUUCUGUGUUCUGCUAAACUAAACCUGUCAUUCUUUGCCUUUUUUUUUGUCUAUACAUUAUGUAAUAAAAUUAAAAAUUUAA